AUGGAGACAGGAGGCCCUGGGCUGAACACCAUGAAGCCCAAGUCACUGCAGCUGGUGCUGGAAGGGCAAGUGCUGGCACUGCAGCAGCAGAUGGCAGAGAACCAGGCAGCCUCCUGGCAAAAGCUGAAGAGCUCCCAGGAGGCUCAGCAGAGGCAAGCAAUCCUCGUGAGGAAGCUGCAGGCCAAGGUGUUGCAGUACCGGAGUUGGUGCCAAGAGCUGGAGAAGCGUCUGGAAGCCACUGGGGGACCAAUCCCCCAGAGGUGGGAGACUGCGGAGGAACCAAAUCUGGAACAGCUGCUAAUCCGAUUGGAGGACGAGCAACAGAGGUGUGAGAGUCUAGCAGAGGUGAACACCCAGCUUCGGCUGCACAUGGAAAAAACUGACGUGGUGAAUAAAGCUCUGCGAGAAGAUGUGGAAAAAUUGACAGUGGACUGGAGCCGAGCCCGAGAUGAGCUAAUGAGGAAGGAGAGCCAGUGGCGAAUGGAGCAAGAGUUCUUCAAAGGCUACCUGAAAGGGGAGCAUGGUCGCCUUCUCAGCCUAUGGAGGGAGGUGGUGACCUUCCGACGCCACUUCCUGGAAAUGAAAUCAGCCACUGACAGAGAUCUGACAGAGCUAAAGGCCGAACACAUGAGACUUUCAGGGUCCUUAUUGACCUGUUGUCUGCGCUUGACGGUGGGAACACAGUCACGGGAAUCCAAUGGGUCUGGGAAACUGGAUGGGAAAGAGCCAGCCCAGUUACUGCUGCUAUUAGCCAAAACCCAGGAGCUGGAGAAGGAAGCCCAUGAGAAGAGCCAGGAGAUAUUACAGCUGAAGAGUCAAGGGGAUCUGGAGAAAGUCGAGCUUCAGGACCGGGUAACUGAACUCUCUGCCCUGCUGACCCAGUCUGAGAAGCAAAAUGAAGAAUAUGAAAAGAUGGUAAAGGCUCUGAGAGAAACAAUGGAGAUCCUGGAGACAAAUCAUGCAGAGUUAAUGGAACAUGAGGCAUCUCUGAGUAGGAAUGCUCAAGAAGAGAAGCUGUCUUUACAGCAGGUGAUCAAGGAUAUAACCCAGGCCAUGGUGGAAGAAGAGAGCAAUAUGACACAAGACUGUGGUCAGGAGAACUCCUUGGAAUUGGAUUCUAAUGGCUUCUCCUUCCAGCUUGAUUCACAAGACCCAGACAAGACUCUUAAUCUAGUACGUUCAGUACUGACCCAGAGACGCCUGGCUGUGCAGGACCUGCAACAACAGCUUUCCCACUGUCAUGAGGCUAUGAGCUACUUGCAGCUACAGCAUAACCGGUGGGAGGAAGAGGGCGAGGCCUUGCGCCAGCGGCUGCAGACACUGACUGGAGAGCGGGACACCCUGGCAGGGCAGACGGUGGACCUCCAGGGAGAGGUGGACUCUCUCAGCAGGGAACGAGAACUCUUGGAAAAGGCCAGGGAGGGGCUGCAGCAGCAACUGGAAGUGCUGGAGCAGGAGGCCUGGCGGCUUCGAAGGACAAACAUGGAGCUUCAGCUGCAGGGUGACUCUGCUCAGGGGGAGAAGGAGGAGCAGCAGGAGGAGCUUCACCUGGCCGUCCGAGAAAAGGAGCGCCUUCAGGAGGCGCUGGCGGGUCUGGAAGCCAAACAGUCGGAAUCCCUCAGUGAACUGAUCACUCUUCGGGAAGCCCUGGAGUCAAGUCACCUGGAAAGGGAGUUACUGAGGCAAGAGCAAGCGGAAGUGACUGCAGCAUUGGCUAGGGCAGAACAAUCCAUUGCAGAGCUGUCAAGUUCUGAGAACGGCCUGAAGACAGAGGUAGCUGAUCUCCAGGCAACAGCUGUCAAGCUCAGCGCCUUAAAUGAGGCUUUGGCCUUAGAUAAGAUUGGGCUGAACCAGCAGCUUCUCCAGUUAGAACAGGAGAACCAGUCUGUGUGCAGCAGAGUGGAGGCAGCGGAGCAGGCAAGAAAUGCCUUGCAGACGGACCUGGUGGAGGCAGAGAAGAGCCGGGAAGCCCUAUGGGAACAGAAGAUUCACCUAGAGGUACAGCUGCAGAAAGCGGAGGAAGCCAGAGCUGACCUGCAAGCAGAUCUCUGGAACAUCCGAGAAGAAAAGGAGGAAAUUCAGGGGAAACUAAGCGAGGUGUGCCACCAGCAGGAAGCUGCCACAACUCAGCUAGAACAGCUGCAGCAGGAGGCAAAACAACACGAGGAAGUGUUGGCCAGAGCGGUCCAGGAGAAGGAAGCCCUAGUACGAGAGAAGGCAGCUUUGGAGGUGCGGCUGCAGGCUGUGGAGCGAGACCGGCUGGGCCUCUCUGAGCAACUACGGGGGCUCAGCUCAGCCAAGGAGCUUCUAGAGAGCAGUCUCUUUGAGGCCCAGCAACAAAAUUCUCUGAUAGAGGUCACCAAGGGGCAGCUGGAGGUCCAGAUUCAAACUGUCACACAAGCCAAAGAUGUGAUCCAAGGGGAAGUGAGGUGCCUGAAGCUGGAACUGGACGGUGAACGGAACCGGGCAGAGCAGGAACGGGAUGCAGCCGUCAGACAGCUGGCCCAGGCUGAGCAAGAGAGCCAGGCUGCCCUGAGGCAGCAGAAGGCAACCCAUGAGGAGGAGGUGGACCGGCUCCAGGAGAAGUGGGAGAAAGAGCGCUCCUGGUACCAGCAGGAGCUAGAUAAGGCUGUGGAGGACCUAAAGAGGGAGAAAAUGGAGCUGGAAGUGAGGCUGAAGGAGCAGCAGGCAGAAACCGAGGCUGUCCGGGCACAGAAGGAGGAAGAGCGGGCCCAGGCCGAGAGUGCCCUGUGCCAGAUGCAACUCGAAACAGAGCAGGAGAGAGUGUCCCUCCUGGAGACUCUUCUGCGGACCCAGAAGGAACUGGCUGAUGCCAGCCAACAACUGGAACGGCUGAGGCAGGACAUGAAGGUUCAGAAGCUAAAGGAGCAGGAGACCAGCGGGAUGCUGCAGCACCAGCUCCAGGAGGCCCAGCGGGAGCUGGAGGAGGCGGCCCAGCAGCACCGAGAUAACCUCGCUGCUGUGCAAGCAGAAGGCAGCACCCUGCUGCAGGACAAGAUGGACCUGCAGAAGCAGGUGGAGGAUUUGAAAUCUCAGCUGGUUGUCAAGGAUGACUCAUGGAAGCUGAUGGAACAGGAGGUCCAGGAGAAGCUAAAAGAGUGUCAGGAAUAUAGCCAGAUUCAGAAGGAACUGGAAAGAGAAAAAGCCAGCCUAACUCAGGCACUGAUGGAAAAGGAACAGAGACUCUUUGUCUUGCAAGAAGCUGACUCUGUUCGACGGGAAGAGCUGAGCUCCUUGCGCCAGGACAUGCAGGAGGCCCAGGGAGGGCAGAAAGAGCUCAGUGCCCAGGUGGAAUUACUAAGGCAGGAGGUGAAGGCAAAGGAGGCCGACUUCCUGGCCCAGGAAACCCAGCUGCUGGAGGAGCUGGAGGCCUCCCGGAUCACAGAGCAGCAGCUGCGAGCUUCAUUAUGGGCCCAGGAAGCCAAGGGAGCCCAACUCCAGCUGCGACUGCGGAGCCUGGAGAGCCAGCUGGAGGCGCUGGCUGCCGAGCAGCAGCCCGGGCACCACGCCCAGGCCCAGCUGGCCAGCCUCUACUCUGUCCUACAGCAGACACUGGGAUCUAUUUGUGAGAGCAGGCCGGAGCUGAAUGGUGGAGGAGACUCUGCUCCCUCCCUGUGGGGCCCUGAGCCAGACCAGAAUGGAGUUAGAAGCAUCUUUAGAAGAGCGCCCCUCCUCACCGACUUCUCAGCUGAGGCGGUAGCAUCUGCUCUCCACAAGCUUCAACAAGACCUGUGGAAGACUCAACAAGCCCGGGAUGAUCUGAGGGAUCAGGCUCAGAAGCUGGAACAACAUCUAACUGUUACUGAGGCUGAGAAGAACCAGAGUCACACACAAUUGCAGGACCUACAGAUCCAGCUCUCCCAGCUCCAGGAAGAGAAGUCCAAGUGUGAAGGGAAACAGAGCUGCAUGGAAUCUGAGCUGAUGGAACUGCACGAAACUGUGACAUCUUUAAAGAGCAGCCUACAGCAAGCAGAGCUACGUGAACUUGAAGCCCAGAAUGAGCGAGAAUUACUUCAGGCAGCCAAUGAGCACCUGCUGACCCAGGUAGAACAUCUGCAAGCCUCCGUCACAGAAGCCAAGGCUCAGGCAAGUGUGGCUGGAGUCCUGGAAGAAGACCUGAGAACCGCCCGCUCAGCCCUGAAGCUGAAAAGUGAAGAGGUGGAGAGUGAGCGUGAACGAGCCCAGACCUUGCAAGAGCAGGGCGAGCUGAAGGUGGCUCAGGGGAAGGCUUUGCAGGAGAACCUGACUGUCCUCACCCAAACCCUAUCUGAGAAAGAAGAGGAGGUGAAGACUCUCCGGGGGAAAAUCCAGGAGCUGGAGACGCAACAGGAAAUGCAGAAGACUGCUCUGGAAGUGCUGUCUCUGGACCUAAAGGAGAGGAGUCAGGAGGUGGAUCUGCAGCAGGAGCAGAUUCAAGAGCUGGAAAGGUGUAGGUCUGUCUUAGAGCAUCUGCCGAUGGCUGUUCAGGAGCGUGAGCAGAAGCUGUCAGUGCAGAGAGAGCAGCUCAAAGAGCUCGAGAAGGACCGGGAGACCCAGAGGAACCUCCUGGAGCAUCAGCUUCUAGAACUUGAGAAGAAGGCCCAAGUGAUUGAGUCCCAGCGAGGCCAGAUUCAAGAUCUAAAAAAGCAGUUGGUCACUCUGGAAUGCCUGGCCCUGGAACUGGAAGAAAACCAUCACCAGAUGGAGUGCCAGCAAAAGGCAAUCGAGGAGCUGGAGAGCCACAGGGAGAUGCAGAGGGUGACCUUGACCCACAUGACCCUGGACCUGGAGGAAAGGGGCCAGGAGCUGCAGGUCCAGAGCAGCCAGAUCCGCGAGCUGGAGAACCACAGCUCCCUGCUGGCCGAGGAGCUUCGGGAGCGGGAGCAGCAGAUAAAGUGCCAACAGGAACAGAUCGAGGAGCUGCAGAGGCACCAGGAGCGUCUGACCCAGGAUCUCGAGAAGAGGGACCAGGAGCUGAGACUCCAGAAGGAGAGAAUUCAGGUCCUUGAGGAUCAAAGGACGCUGCAGACUAAGAUCCUGGAGGAGGACCUGGAACAGAUCAAGCUGUCCUUGAGGGAGCGGAGUCGGGAGCUGGCCUCUCAGAGGCCACACACGCAAGAGCGGGUAGAGGAGGGGAGGAGUCCAAACAAGGGUCAGCGCGGGAGCCUUGAGCACAUGAAGCUGAUCCUGCGCGACAAGGAGAAGGAGGUAGAGUGCCAGCAGGAGCACAUCCAGGAACUUCAAGAGCACAAGGAGCAGCUGGAGCAGCAACUCCAGGGCCUCCACAGGAAGAUGGGUGAGGCCAGCCUGCUCCUGACACAGCGAGAGCAGGAGAUGGUGGUCCUGCAACGGCACCUUCAGGAAGCCAGAGACCAAGGGGAGCUGAAAGAACAGUCGCUUCAGAGUCAGCUGGAAGAGGCCAGGAAGGCCCUGGACCAGAGGCAUCAGGAGCUGGAGGCCCUGCAACAGGAACAUCGGCAGACCCAGAGACGAGAGGAGAGUGUGAGGGAGCAGGUGAGCGUGCUCCAGGGAGAGCUGGAGCAGGCCCAUGUGACAAUAAAGGAGCGCCAGGAGGAGCUUGAGGACCACAAGGAGCAGAUGCAAAGGCUGCAGGAAGAACUGGCAGUGGAGGGUCAGCGGGUCCAGGCCCUGGAGGAGGUGAUGGGGGACCAGCGGGCUGAGUCUCGGGAGCAGGAGAAAGCGCUGCUAGCCCUCCAGCAGCAGUGUGCUGAGCAGGCGCAGGAACAUGAGGCGAAGGCCAGGGCCCUGCAGGACUGCUGGCUGCAGGCUGAGGCAAAGCUCAGGGAACGGGACCAGGAGCUGGAGGUCCUGCGGGCGGAGAGCCAGUCCUGUCAGCAUCGGGAGGAGGCCACGCGGGACCAGGUGGAGGCCCUCCAGGAGGCCCUCGCCAAGGCACAGACCACCCUUCAUGAAAAAGAGCAGCUUUUCCACGGACAAGCAGAGUUGAGCCACAGCCUGGAAGCCGGCACUGCCACCCUGCAGGCAACACUGGAUUCCUGCCAGACACGGAUCUGGCAGCUAGAGGAAACUCUGAGGAUCCGAGAAGAUGAACUGCAAGACCAGGGUCUUCGACACCAGGAGGCCACGCAGCAGCUCCAGCAGACACUUACCCAGAGGGAGGAAGAGCUGAGACAUCAGAAGGAACGGGGGCAGCUACUCGAGAAGUUUCUGGCCCAGAAAGACAAAGAGGAUAUAAUCCAGGGGGGCCAGGGAAAAGAAGAGCAAGAAAUGCGAGACCUUCGUGAGAAUCUAAGGGAAAUCCAGCUGACUCUCGCCCAAAAGGAAGAAGAGAUCUUGGAGCUGAAAGCAGCUCAGCAGAGGAGGAACUUGGAGGAGUCCCCCAAAAGCCACCAAACCUCCCCAGUGGGGGAGCCCUCUCCAACACUGGGUUCCAUCGGGCCCAGGAUGCAGCAGGAGCUAGAGCGACUCCAGGAAGCCCUGAAACAGACAGAGGCCAGGGAAAUCGAGUGGAGGGAGAAAGCCCGGGACCUGGCACUAUCCCUGGCCCAGAGCAAAGCCAGUAUCAGCAGUCUUCAGGACGUGGCGGUGCUCCUACAAUCCUCUGUCCUGGAGCGGGAUAGGGAGCAGCAGAGGCUUCAGGAGGAGCUGGAUCUCACCAGACAGGCUCUGGAAAAGGAGCGACUGUCCAGCCCAGGCCCUGCCAGAGCCGACCAGGGACCAGGAGUGGUCUCGGGAGUGGAGGCUGAGCCCAGUCCUGAGAUGGGUGAGAAGCAGAGACAAAGGCUGGAGCACCUACAACAGGCAGUGGCGCAGCUAGAGAUUGACCGGCACAGACUGCAGCGCUACAAUGUCCAGCUGCGGACCACUUUGGAGCAGGUUGAGCGAGAGCGAAGAAAGCUGAAGAAAGACUCCAUGCGUGCUUCCCGGACAAGAGUCCUAGAGAUGAGUGAAGCCACAGCACCGCCGGCCACACAGCAGGAUGGAAUUGGAGGACAGACAGGCUCCUUGAACACCAAGCUUGUGGCAGAACUGCAGAAAGAGGUGGCCCUGCUGCGAGCCCAGCUGGCCUUGGAGCGAAAGCAGAAGCAGGACUACAUCGCCCGCUCGGUGCAGACCAGCCGUGAGCUAGCAGGCCUGCACCAUAACCUCUCCCACUCACUCCUCGCUGUGGCUCAGACCCCCGAGGCCACUGUCCUGGAAGCUGAGACCCGCAAGUUGGACGAAUCCUUGACCCAAAGCUUGACAUCCCCAGGGCCAAUCUUGCUGCAUCCCAGCCCCAGUCCCAGUGCUGCCCAGGCCGCCUCCAGGUAG